CUACAGGUAUACAUUUCGUUGUUUGGUGAUAACGUUAAACUUCAGGUUAGAAAUAUACGAGAAAUAUACUAAAAUUACAUAAAAAUGGAGGUUGUAGAGGAAGUAUGUAAGGAGAAUACAGAAAAACCUUUAGAGGAAAAUGAUACAAAAGAAAAGCCUUCACAACCCCAAGAAAUACCGAAAAAGACCAAAAAAGAAGACAGACUCAGUCGUGAUGAUAAAAAUGUUGAACAGUUCAUGAAAUCGCUAAAUUCCAUAUCAUCCCCUGAUGAGAAACUAGCUCAAGUGUGUAAAAAAUAUGUUCAAACCGCAGAUGAGAACAAAAAACUACAGUUUUAUAUUAAACAGUCGGACAAACGGUAUGCUUUAUUGCUAAAAGAGAAAGAACAGCUGCAACAUGAAUAUAAUAAGACUAUUUUGGUUAAGUCAAAGCUGGAGAAUUUGUGCCGGGAGUUACAGAAACAUAAUAAGGCUGUUAAGGAGGAAUCAAUGCUCAAAAUACGUGAGGAGGAGGAACGUCGUAAGGAGACGCAGGCAAAGUUUCAGAAUACACUGACAGAGAUCACAGCGCUAUUGCAACAAAACAAUGAGAAAAAUGCCAAGUUGAGAGACGAUAAUAUCAGCAUGACUGAGAAGUUUAAGAGUGUUGUUCAACAGUACCAGUUAAGAGAACAACAGGUAGACAAAAUGGCGAAACAAAUGGCGCUAGAGUCCCAAUUAUCAGACGCGAAGCUCCAAAAAGCGGCUCUCGAGCAUCAAGCAGAGAAGGAGCGGCUUCUGGCCGAGGCUGAACAGAUGAAGAUGACUCUCGCUCAGUACAGGUCCAAAAUCAUGGAGCUGCAGGGUACGGAAACUGCGUUGAAGGGCCAGCUAGCAGUGUACACUGAUAAAUAUGAUGAGUUUCAGAAUGCACUGGUGAAGAGUAACCAGGUGUUUGGCGGGUUUAAGGAGCAGAUGGAGAAGAUGUCGAAAAAGAUCCAAAAGCUGGAAAAGGAGUCGCUUGCUUGGAAGAGCAAGUGGGAGACCUCUCAAACAGCCCUACUUGAUAUGUGUGGUGAGAGGCAAGCUGGUGAGGAACGAGCAGCGGCAACUAAUAGGCAGCUGCAGCAGAUGCAGAGCUUGUGCCGGACCCUGCAGGGCGAGCGCACCCUCCUAUUGAAUACGCUGAAGGAGCACAACAUCGAGCGGCCGCCGCUGCCAGCGCUGCCGCCGCCGCCCGCCAUCCCACCAACUCAGCCGGCUAAUGAUGCUAAGGUUGAUGCUAUGGCAGCUAACUGCGCUCAACUCAGACAAAGCCUUGCUCACUUACAAACACAACUAAACACACUGACGAACAAGAAAGAAAAAGAGGAAUCUCCCAAACCAGAGCCUAAGAAAAAGUCGAAAUCGAAGAAAAACAAGGCACAAAAAGCGGCCCAAGAAAAAGCAGAAGAUACAGUAGUCAGUGAGGUUGUUGAAAAACCCAGUGAAGUUAAAGAAUCACCAUCAAGUGAAAGUCCAGAUGAAAAGGUAGACAGUAACACUAUGGAGAAUCUCUUAGAAGCUAUUAAUGUAGCUAAUGUCAACCUUUGUGACUUAGAAGUUGUGAAUGAUGAUGCAGCAAGUGAAAAACCAGUAGUAGUAGCGGAUAAUGAAGAAAUUAAACCAAAUUCAGAUAAUGUUUCUAAUGGUGAAGUUGAAAGUGAAAGUAAAGAAUCAAAUGUAGGCAACGGUGUUGAAAUUGAAUUAAAACCGGACGAAUUAAAAGAGGAUAUUAAAGUAGAAGAAAAAGUUGAUGUUAGUGACAAUAAAACAGAAGUUGUUGUGAAAGAUGAUAAAUAAGGACUGAAUUCAAUUUCUCCAGAUACUGUGUAAAUUUUUGAUUGGGUUGAUUUCAUACUUCAUGGUUGUGCCGAUCGACCUAACACUAAUAGUUAAAUAGCAUGUUUUGUUUUUUUUUUGUGUGGGUACUUUACAAUUUAGAAUCUAGUCAAAAAUUGGGUAUAGUGAGAUGCAAUUAAGAAUAGGACCGUCAAUGACCUCUGUGUGUCAAUUUUAAUGAAAAUUAUAAUUUGUAAACAUGUUCAUUCAUCUUUUUUGCAUACCAACAUAAUUUUUAAUAAUUAAUUUGAAUGUCACAAUACGGCACUGAGUCGAUCCUAUGCUUAGUUGGACCGCGUAUUAUAUUAGUAUGGAAUAAUAUAAUACGGAUCCAGUUUGCAAAAUUUAGUAUUUGACUUAUCAAUACACAGUAUUAAUCCAAACAGUCGUCAACGAAGACGUUCAUACGAAUCAAUGGUGCGGGGGGAAGGGAGCAAGGGAGUAACAAGCCCGAGCUACAUACGCCAUGUCGCUAGCAGCUCGGGAGACUAUUUAAGGGCUGCUGCGCACAUGUUUUAAUGUUGUUUACAUCAUUACUUUAUUUUCUAUAAGUAUUGAAGUGUGACAACCUUGACCUUUUUCAGCUUUUACUACGGGUAUCAAAUCAAAUUCAAAUCUAACAUGAUUACAUUUAAAUCCAUAAAUAUGAUCAUGUUAUAUUUUUCGAUACAUUGUGUCUACGAAAAAUAAUCGUCCCUCCUAUAUAGGAAUGUUAUGCGCAGUAUUAAAUAAUUUAUCAAUUAUUUACUUUAUCAUACUGCCUAAUUUAGAAACAGUAAGUUAAUUUGUCUGAUUUUUUCAAAACUCAAGUUAAUUUCUGGGUACCUAGUGACCCAGUGACUUUUGAUUAACAGUUGAAUGUAAAUAGUAGGUUGUUUGGAACAUUUGUUAAAUUUUAUACAAUUGUGUGAUGACCACAGGAGAAUUAUGACUUGGUUUUUUGUAAUAAAGUUUUUGUAUGUGUCA